CUGCGUCGGCAGAAAGUUGCCCGGAUUCAGUCCCUGCUGGUUCCCCGAGUCUGUGAGGGAGCAAGUGGCGACUACAGAGCCUGAACGUGAAUGUUACCUCCUGCCUGGACACCCAGCUCCGCAGGGUGUCCUCCUCCGCACCGUCUCUGGUCAUGAGCCAUCGAGGAUCUGCGAGGAAGGCGGGCGGGAUGCAGCACGCAGUAGCUGCAGCAGGUCAAACGGUGCCCGGAGCCCCAACCGCGCGGCGUUUCACAAUUGAUGAUUUUGAAAUCGGGCGUCCUCUCGGCAAGGGAAAAUUUGGGAAUGUUUACCUGGCUCGCCUGAAGAAAAACCAUUUCAUCGUGGCCCUGAAAGUCCUGUUCAAGUCUCAGAUAGAGAAGGAAGGCCUGGAACACCAGCUGCGCAGGGAAGUUGAAAUCCAGGCCCAUCUGCAACACCCCAAUAUCCUGCGCCUGUACAACUACUUCCAUGAUGCGCGCCGCGUGUACCUGAUUUUAGAAUAUGCCCCAAAGGGCGAGCUGUACAAGGCGCUGCAAAGGAGUCACACGUUUGAUGAACAGCGUACAGCCACGAUAAUAGAGGAGUUGGCAGACGCUCUGAUCUACUGCCAUGAAAAGAAGGUGAUUCACAGGGAUAUUAAGCCGGAGAACCUGCUGCUCGGGCUCAUGGGUGAAGUGAAGAUUGCAGACUUCGGCUGGUCUGUGCACACCCCCUCUCUGAGGAGAAGGACCACGUGUGGGACGCUGGACUACUUGCCCCCAGAAAUGAUCGAGGGGAGAACAUACGAUGAGAAGGUGGAUCUAUGGUGCAUUGGGGUCCUCUGCUAUGAGUUGCUGGUAGGAAAUCCACCCUUUGAGAGUGCCUCCACUAGUGAGACCUACAGACGCAUCCUCAAGGUAGAUUUAAGGUUUCCUCCAUCAAUGUCUUCGGGGGCUCGGGACCUGAUCUCCAAGCUUCUCAGAUUCCAACCCUUGGAGAGGCUGCCCUUGGUCCGGGUCUUGGAGCACCCAUGGAUCCGGGCCCACUCUCAGAGGGUGCUGCCCCCAUCUGUUCAUAUGGCUUUCUGAGCCCUGUCCACCCCUAUCCCUUUGGGAUUGCUCAUGGAGCACCGUUGGCUCUGGUAUCUCACUUGUCUUUUGUUUCUUCUCUUUUAAGAUGCAUCAUUUUAUUAUCAUACUUAAUAAAAGUUGAAUCAUUUUGUA